AUGACGGCGGUGCUGGCACCCCGCGAACGGCAUUCGUUGUAUUCGCCUUCGCAAUUUUCCCCGGAUCUGCGCUCACCAACCGUGCAGAGAUAUUUCCUUCAAGGCAUCCCUUCAAAAUCAUCCAUGCCAGAUGAUUAUUCAACCGCGUGUUCUUCUGUUACUACUUUUGAGCCCGUAACUCAUGAUCUUGACCAUCAUGACCAUCAUGACCAUCCUCACCAUGAUCACUCGCCAUAUACCCCUUCCGCCAUCGAAUCCCUUUCUCUAGAUGAUGAUCUAAUUCUUCCCCCCUUUGAUUCUGAACUCAGCUCAAUCUCUUCUCCUAAGGAGUCAGAUAUGUUUAGUGAUGUAUCAACCGAAGCCACCACCCCCUUGGCUAUUUGGUCUUGCGGAACCCCGGCUGCGGAUGACACGGCCGUAGAAGAUGAACCUUCAAGACAUGUUGAUUACCUCUCCCAUGAAUGGCGCGAAGAAGAUAUUUGGUCCUCCUGGCGAUAUGUUUCGGCGCGCAAGAACGACUAUAGCAAUGGGGUACGACUCGAAAACGCGUCAUGGAGAACGUGGGCGAAGGCAAAAAACAAUCUGGGUACCAUCUCGCCAGAGACGUUGAACUGGUUAAAAGAUUGUGACGUGACUUGGCUGUACGGCCCUCUUAAGACUUCGACUUCCAUGGACGCGGUGAAUUGCGGUGUUUCGCCUCCACCCAGUCGAUUAGAGACCCCCAACUCCUAUGUAGAGCCAAAACCCAUCCUCAAGAAGAAAACUGCGUCCGAGGCCAUUUUGCAGCGGUCGCUCUCUCAACAUACCCUUCUCCAGCAUGCCGGGGCCAUUCUAAAGGCCCAGGAGGCGAAUGGUUGGACUCGACCCCCCUAUCCGAGAUCAUCCACCGACACCGAUCUUGAUCACCUCAGAACUGGGAGUUCCACCUAUUCAAUUCUCACGGCAUCUUCUUCAUCCGGCUUGACCUCUCCAAGUGAACGACGCCACAUCCACUUCAACAACGAGGUUGUACAAUGUAUCGCCGUCGAAGCCAAAGAAAUGGAUGAUUGGCCUGCAACAUUUGAGGAAGAAUCAUCAGAUGAUGGCGUUAUCAUGAUGCGACAGAUCUCUGCUAGAGCUUCGAUCAGUAAUCGAUCCACUCCCCGAAAUAGCUUCUGUGUCGACAGCAAGACCAUCGCUCCUCUCCCAUCUACCACUCUGAAAUAUCGUCCGGAUACCCCUGAACCCCGCGAGGAAUCUGUCCUUGAUAGCUGGGCUGCUUUCUCCUCAUCCUCCAAAUUAUCCCCUACUCCUUCCGUUGAAACUCUUCGACCAACACCAUCCUCUGGAAAUUUUCUUCUUGACGAUGAUGAUGAAGAUCCCAGUUUGGACUUCACAGGUCAAUACCGUCGAGAUCAAUGGUUCGUUCCCGAGGACGAAGCUGAUUCCAACCGCCCAUUACGGCUCACAGCUUCAGGGAUGUUCAUGCCUUACGGAGAAGGUGAAGGGGAACCUGCUGGGAACAGCAUCCUUGGCCGAGUUGUGAACUCAGUCAACACAGCCAGAGAUAUUGCCCAUGUCAUCUGGAACGUGGGUUGGCGAAGAUGA